AUGAUGGACUUCGCUCUCGCUGUCUUUAUGGCUUUCAUUGAACAGACAUUGGCCGAAUACUACUCCAGCGUUGGCCCACACUACGAAAUGUCCGACGCUCCUCAAGGUAAGGUGUUUGUUAGGAACUACUGUGUCAAGGACUUUUAUGCAUACCAUACGACUGCAUUUGACGAUCCUAAUCCUGAGAAUGGAAUUGCACUCAAAGCCGGCCAUGAAAUAUCUUUUCCUGUCAUCAUUCCCGAGAGGGGCUGUCAGUGUGGAACAAGUAUAAAGCUCUUCGAAGCCCAGACGAAAUCGGGCAAGCAAACCCAAAUGGAGUAUAGCAUACGUGAUGUCGGCGAUCGAAAAGACUGGUUUAUAAGCUAUGACAUCUCUUUCGUGGAUUGUGCAACAAGUACCCCUGGCGUUGUUGAUACCUUUUUCAAAAAUCAUACUGGUCGAGGGUGUCCUGGAUGGGACGAGGGCGUCAAGGUCUACGGAACUAAUGGUCGCGAAUGUGGUGCGAUGCAAUGCUCCAAGAGCAAGUUCUGUCCAUGGGAUGCAUACUUUGAACCUGAGCCAGCCAAAGGCACAGAGAACCCGUAUCAGCCUGUACGCCAAUGCGCAGCCGGAUCGAUCGAUGCUGACAUCCAUUUUGUUUUGUGCUCCGGCACCACAUCCGACGGCGGUGAUCCGGCCAUCCCCGGCUACCGAGCACCUCCACCGGAUGACGGACCGAACGCUACGCUGCAGCAUUUCUCUGCUUCAUCUCCCUCUCCCUCUCCGCCACUUGCCAGCUUGGUGCACCAGGGCACAUCGCCUCUGUACAGCCCGGCAGACGAUGGCGUCACGACACGUUAUGCGGCUGCUCCAGCUAUAGUGACGAUUGAGGUCACCGGGACUGCCCUACUCUCUGAGGAUAAUGUUGCUAAGAUAAAAGAGCACCUUGACUGGGUUUGCAUCGCCUCGGUUUCCACCGAUGCCAUGGUUACCAUCACGGGCGUCCACCCCCGGACAGUCAUUGCUGAUUCCACGUUCGGUGCCCUCGCACACUACCUCUGGACUCUCAAGUUGAUCUUGGAAGGGAGUUAA